CUUGUAUCCCGGUACAUAGGUGGGAGCAGUUUCAGUUAAGACUAGCUGCAAAGUGUGAACUCUCACGAGGAUCACAAGUUUGUUAGGAUUUCAACUCAUCUGGUCCAACUUUUAUCACUUUUUGCAUAUCGUCAGACAUUAGGCGUUGCGCUUUUCCACUUGGAGUUGAUGUGUGCGAUUAUAUGCACGAUAUGACUGGCUCAUUUUCCUCUUCCUUUGUUUUAGUAUAACUGCGGGCUAAACGGCUUCGGACAGAUUUUGGAUGACCCACCGCCUCAAAUGGCUUGUUGUGUGUGGGGUUUUCCUGUGCAUCCAGUUUAUUUUAAUUCUACACCAGGACAUACUUCUGGCUGUAAACAGCUUUAAUGGUCUCAACGCAUCCGUUUGUCUUCCGCUCGUUCCUCUUGACCUUUCAUCACAGGCAGUAGAUACCUGCUUUCGUGGAAGUGGAUCUUCUCUGGAGGCCUUUAAACGCACCAGUUCCGUUGCAUGUAGGUCCUACCUCAUGGAAGUCGCGUGCAAUGUGCCAAGUUUAAAUUUUAACUUGACGUCGGAAUGUCCACACAGAACACCGGCAUACAAAGUUGUCCAUCUUGGUUGCUAUCACGUCGCCCUACAGCACCUAUUGGCUGUACUUUUACAGAAUCGUUUGCCUAUGCCAUAUUGCAUCCAGUUUUGCCAACAAACCGGAGCGCGUUACGCGUUCACCACUGCCGGACUUGGUUGCGCCUGCAGUCAACGUCGGUUGGUUUCAGAAAGUCGCACGUCUGAACAGUCCUGUUCGACCGUAUGUGAAUUGAUAUCCAUGCCUGCCGAAGAUUCACACAACCCAAAAUGUAACGAGACUGUCUCGGUAUUCGUAAUUGUUACUGGAGCCACUCCGAUUGUUCGCAUCGCCCCAGCUCCCAUACGGAUUGCACGAAGACCGCCUGAGACCGAGCCCCCUCGCAUUGUUUAUCUCCUUAUGUGGCACGGACGUGGCUGGCAUCAACUGCGACGCCUCUUUCGCCUGUUGUACCAUACCCGUCACUAUUACUACAUCCAUGUCGAUUCGCGUUCCAAUUAUCUGUUCAACCAGGCUUCUUCCCUGUCUCGGCUUUACCCGGAAAACGUUUAUGUAACUCCGAAUAGAUGGGCGACAUCCUGGGGUGCAACGGAUCUACUCUGGAUGAUACUCUCCGUCAUGCAUGAGCUGGUCACAAAAUUCAAGCAUUGGCGGUGGAAUUUUUUCAUUAAUUUGAGUGGAACCGACAUGCCCGUCAGACCACUUACCCAGCUGACCACUUACUUAAACGAUUUCCCCGGCAAAGUUUUCCUCAGCUCCAGCCGUCAGUUGCCUCGGUUCAUUGAAACUCAAGGGGUGAACAGAAUCUUCGCCAGUUGUGACAGGUACAUGUGGGAUCUCGGACCGCGUGCGCUUCCGUCUGGGGUUGUUCUUGAUGGAGGUUCGGAUUGGAUGGUUUUACCUCACGAGUUCGUGCACUAUGCUGUAUUGAGCCAGGAUCCUUUGGUAUCCAACUUGAAGGAAUAUUUCAACUACACCCUCUUACCUGUUGAAACCUUUUUCCACGUGCUCGCUCAAAAUACCCGCUUCUGUGAUUCUGUUGUGAACUCUGCCCUGCGUUUCAUUCACUGGGAUCGUCCGCGAGGCUGUGAAUGCAAGUUUGGAAUCUCAGUGGAUUGGUGUGGCUGUUCCCCGGUUGCCUUUCGUAAUCAGCACGCGCUUCGCCGGCUGUGUAACUUGGUUGGUGGAUGCAUGGACUUCUCCAGCAGUUCGCAUGCAGUGUUUUUUGCUCGAAAAUUUGAUCCUACCGUGAAUCUACCGAUCAUCAACUUCGUAGCUUCCAACAUUCUAGGCGAAUAUUCAGAUAUUUCAACUUUAAAUACGUAUCUGGAGAACAUUUACUCUUCCGACGUUGAUUCCGGCGGUGAAUUACCUUUUUCAUGGCUUGUGGGUUUACCAGCCCUGGCUAAGUUGCUUCUUCAAAGACUUAAAGAUAAUUUAUCUGCAUCUGGACUGCUUUUGCUCAGUGUUGAGAGUAAUCUGCAUCUACAGGUAUUCGCCUUCUUCAACGGGACUGAGCAAGGUCUCCUAACUGACAAUUCGUCUACUGAUCUGCCAUCGAUACCUUUUCCACCCAAGUUGGUUAUUCAAGCUCACGUUCGCCUUUCGCAGCUGCGCGGAGAGCCGGUGAAUGUUGUUACAGAGACUCUUGCAGCAUCUACCUUUUCUGGAUGGCUGUCCCCACUUCCCAUCUCAUCAUUGGCUAUCGGUGACAUUGUCUACCUGGAGGUGUCCUCCAUGUUUGACAACAAAGAACAGCUGGUGCGAAACUAUCCUCGCCUCUAUUCAAGUCACGAUCAACUACAGCUAAUCGUGUUUUGGAAGGGCAAACCGUUCUUAUCUAACCAACACAAAACGGACUCCCAUAUCAUUCGCUUCCUAUUGGAAACUCCCCGCGGUGUCUCCUGCGCAUCCCCUUCCCCCAUGACACUUAACAACGGUCCAAAUACGCAGAGCGCCUACGAAUGCGAGACUUGUUUACUUUCAGUAACUCCUUUGACCUUUCUUCUGCCUAAUUGUUCCCUUGUUCCCGGCGCUUGGCACCUCACAGUUUUUUCUGAAAGUGGUCAGAAAUCACACACCUCAUUUUUCUUGCUUCCAACAGAUGCCCCGGUUUCCCCAGUGCAUUUAGCUCAACCGUCCUCACCCUGGAGUGACGUUUACCCAUUAUCAUACUGCUUUAUCCAAUCUACUCCUCUGGGUGAUGUGAAGUCCCUUGAAGUUGUUGAACGACUAAAUUGUCGCAACCAGAUAUGGAGUUCUUUCGCCCCUGAUCCCAAAUCGGAAUUGGUUUUUUAGUUGUCACUAACAUUUGAUUUCAUUAUAUUUAUGGUUUAUUUGAAAUAAAUGGUCUAUUAUUUAUACGCAAAUACAUUUUUCCUCUAUU